AUGCACCGAACGAUGGCCGCGAACUGCCCCCUCAAGCAAACGAAACGAUACUUUCGUCAGUGGCUUUCGCACACAGAUGCCUGCGGCAAAGCAAAGUUGGGCCGCGGGCCCCAAUCAAGGUCUGGAAAUUGCUAUGUCGAGCCGUCGACGGCUGCGCUUUUGCGCUGCUUGCUAUUUUCUCGACGUAGUCUCGCCGGCAAAAUGACGCGGAUGGCUCUGCAGGAUAAACUGGUUCGCUAG